GACGUGCUCCAGUUAUCAACAUCAGUUACUCCACCACGGCACAGCAGUCCGAUCUCGCCAGUGAAAUUAGAAACUAUUGGUAACCUUGUACGUGUAGAAGCCAGCUGUCAGUGCACGUGUAUACAACUCCAGAAGAGCACAACAUGAAUAUGACAUGUUGAAAAAUUUAGUUGAAAUUGACUGUAUCAAUACAGAGAGAGAGAGAGAGUGAUAUUUAACGUCCACAAAGCCACUUUAAAACGACAUUUCCUUGUCAGCACUGUGUGUUAGACUUCUUGAGUUGAAUGAUGAUCUAAGCAGGACAACAUUAUAUGAACAUGGGGAUAAGCUGUCAUGAAGAAACCGUGUAUCAUGUAAUGGUAAGAAACGAUAUAUAAGAUGUCGAUUUGCACCAAUGAACACAUUGUGGACUCGGUGUUUAUGUUGUUUAUCUUCAGCCCAUUGGUUGUAUGUUACUGGAAUAGUACCUGGAACCUCGCUGAACUAUAUCUGUUGCCAAGCAACAAGAUAGCAUCCGCAUUGACAUCAUUGGCAAUAAGCAUUAUAUUGAUGGUGGCGUCAUAUUUCACACAGGACUUUCUGAAUGAGGAGACACAACAUGAUUAUUUGGAUUGCACUCUGCAACUGUAUCAAAACAAGAUAGCGUCCGGAUGGAUAUCGGUGGCAAUAAGCAUUGUGUUGAUGGUGGCGUCAUUUUUCACACAGGACGUUUUGAACAAGUAUGUCAAGAAAGAAAAGUACGUGUCCUUUUACCUGGUGUCACGCCUCUUUACCUACGUCAUGUCGUUUAGCCAGGUGAGCAACUGGCGAGGGAUAUGGGAACUUCUCAACCUGUACAUCGGCAUGACAAUGCCUGGCUCACUGACAACUCUAGCUAUCGGUACUGUAGGUCUGGUUGCCCUUCGUUCGUACAGGAACGUUUUGACGCCACCAGGAGCUUGGGUUCUUGACGUUGAGACCAACAACUAUUUCACCAUCCAUCUGUUUGGAACAAAGAAGGGCAGCGUCCUGUAUGUCAUUCACGUGCUCUUCGGUGUGGCUGUGGUGUCGACGCUGGUAGUGCUGGUCUGGUGGGGUCAGUGGAUGGUUCUCCAACUCUCCAUUUCACCCAACAACGACCUCUGGCGGGGAAUCAUCGUCUUCAGUGUCGUGCUGUGUGUUACUGGCACGGGCUGUGGGCUUUGCUGGGCGUGA